UCGUUCACUCAGUGAGUAGGCAAUAGAAUAGAAUCUAAUUAUUUUCGUUUUGAAUACCUACUGUUUUCAUUUAUGUUAUUGUGUGUUGACCAGUGUAUUUAUGUAAGGAUACGAAUAUUCUACAUAUUAUAGUUUAGAUUUUGUAUAAACUAUAAAUUUAAGCUAUGGAUCUCGAAGACAAUGCUCUGGGCCUAACCCAGGAGCAAACUGACAAAAUUUUGCAGUUUCAAGACCUUACAGGAAUUGAAGACAUGUCUAUAUGUAGAGACGUUCUGCAGAGGCAGCAAUGGGACUUAGAGGUGGCUAUUCAAGAACAGUUGAACAUUCGAGAAGGACGCCCAUCGGUGUUCGCGAUAGAGGCGCGAGCGCCGCCCGUAGUGCAUGAUUACAUAGCACAGCAAGUUUUCACAGAUGAGCCUCCAGAAAGCCCAGGGGGCGUCCGGGGCCUGGUCCGAUAUGUUGUCAACCUAGUUGUAUCAAUGUGCUAUAGUACAAUAACAUCAGUAUUAAAUCUGUUGUUAAGUUUCGUCCGCAAUGAUGAUCGGAGAUUGGUGACAGACCCCCUUGGUGAUGUGGUAGGCUUCAUCAACGGCUACACAUCCAAGUACAACCAGCAUCCGGUGUUCUACCAGGGCACAUACGCGCAGGCGCUCAAUGAUGCCAAGAAAGAGCUUCUUUUCCUUGUAGUUUACCUGCAUUCCGAUGCUGCUGCGGAAACACAGAACUUCUGCAGAACUACCCUAUCAGACCCAGAUGUGAUAUCGUACAUAAACACGCACGCUCUCUUCUGGGGGUGCUCCAUCGACACGGCCGAAGGCUGGCGCGUGGCGCAGUCCGUAGGCGGACGGCGCUACCCGCUGCUGUGCGUGGUGUGCGUGCGGGACCAUCGCAUGACCGUGGUGGCGAGGAGCGAGGGGGCGUGCAGCCCGCAGCAGCUGCUGCAGCGGCUGCAGCGUGUCGUGGCUGACAAUGAGCUGCAUCUCGUGGCAGCGAGGGCUGACAGGGUUGAACGCGAAGUGACGCAGCGUCUACGAGCGUCACAAGACGAGGCCUACGCGGAGUCGCUAGCCGCCGACCAGGAGAAGGAGCGGCGGCGCGAGGCCGAGCGCUCGGCGCUAGCCCAACGCGAGGCCGAAGAAAACAGGCUGCGGGAACAGGAGGAGAAUAGGAAGCAAGAGGUGUCGGAGGCGCGCGUGGCGCUGUCGGCGCGGCUGCGGCCCGAGCCGGCGCCGGGCGCGAGCGCCGUGGUGCUGCUCAUCCGGCUGCCCGGCGGCCAGCGCCUCACCCGCCGCUUCAGCACCGACACCACCACGCAGGACUUAUACGACUUUGUAUUCAGCCACCCACAGUCCCCAGAAGAGUUUGAGAUUACGACUAACUUCCCAAAGCGCACCAUACCGAAGGGCCUCUCCAACCUCGCCGAGGUGGGCCUCAAAGACAGGGACGUACUGUUUGUCACCGAUAUGAACGCUUAACCAGUGAGUUAUGUGCAGAACUGAGCAAUGUAGUGAGAGC